AUGACAAACCAGCAUACAAUUAUUAAUUCCUAUAUUUCUCAUUUUAACAGCAGAUUUCCGGAAUUAAAAUUAACUACUGAUGAAUUAAAAAAUCAAAGUGGAAGAAAUAAUUAUAUGGAUAAAUUAUAUAGUAUAUAUGAGGCACUUGUUUAUGGGUUGUCAAAAGAGGACUACUUCAAUAGAGUUUUUGAUGUAUAUUUAGAGGAAACAAUUAGUGCAUCAAGGAAACUUCAAAGAUUUGGGGUUUUACAUGAAAAUUUGGUGCGAUAUUCAAAGGGUGAAUGUGAAGUGAAAUUUUAUAAAUUUUUUACUCCAGAUAUUCAGUUAAUAAUACAAAUUUUUAAAAUGUUAGAAUCUUUUGAAUGCGUUUCCGAUGCCAUUCGUGAAGAUCAUAUAAAAUUGACAAAAGAAUAUACUGAUGAAGCUAAUGAAAAGAAAGAGUUAAGUGAUGAAAUUGCUGAACUAGAUGAUGAAUUAACAGAUGAUCCUACUUCCGUUAUUAUUAAUGCAACAAAUGAACUUAAUGAGUUAAGAGAUGAAAAGAGAAAAUUACAUGAUGAAUGUGUUAAUUAUAAUACAACAACAUCUUCCAAGCGUGAAACUUUAUCUGCUGAGGGACAAAAAGUUGCUGAAUUAAGAGAGAGAUAUGAUAAACUUGAAGAAUCUAGAAAAGGAUAUGAACAUCGUUAUCGAUGCGAAGUUGCCAAGCUCGUUAAUGAUAUAGAUGAUUUAUUGAAUGAGAGACAGCGUCUUACUGAUUCUGAGAAAGCUGUUAAAAAUGAUACAAUAAUUUUUCAUACAAAAAUAGAACAAAUUGAAGAAAAGAAAAAGUCAAUUAAUGAAUUAGUUGAUACAAAUAAUUACCUUGAUAAGGAGAUUGCUCUUGCUGAAGCUAAAGCAGCAGAGAUAGAUAAAAUAUCAGCUGAUAUUAUAAAAAUUGAUAAAAACAUUGAGCAUACUCAAAGUAACAUUGUGUCGUUAAAGAAAAAAAUUCCAGCAUUGACAAGUGACUAUCAGACUCAACUUACAGAGAAUGAAAAUGAUAGAAGAGAAUUUAAUGAUGCAAUGCGAAAACUGAAAGGAGAAAUUUCAAAUCUUUAUGAUAAGUUUAAUAAACUUGUAGAUUUGAAAAUGGAAAAAUGUAUUGAAUUAACAAAAAUUCAAGAAGAAAGGAAAGCUUUAGAAUUAGAGUUGGCUUCUUUAAAAGAAAAUACUAAAAAUGAAAUAGCAAAAAUUGAAGAGAGCUAUAACAGUCAUAAGAAUAAAAAAAGAGAUUUUCUUUAUGAUAUGGUUGAAUUCAGGAAAGAAUCAAAACUUAGUUUAUAUGAUCCAACUAUUUAUCAAAAAGAGUCAGAUGUUAAAAAUCUGGAAAAUUUGGAUAAGGAAGCCGUUUUUCAUAAAAGAUAUCUUCAAGAACGUGGAGAAAGAAGAAAAAAUAAUGGUUCUAUUUAA